CUUGGUGUCUGUGUCUUUAUUCCGCCCAUCCGCACCGCACCCACAGAUAGGCAGACAGAAAGUCGGGGAGGACGGAGGAUCGCAAGGGAGGAAGGAAGGGAGGAGGUAUGCAUGGAUGAAUGUACGAAUACGCCCACCCAUCCAUCCAUCCAUCCAUCCCCCCUGACCCCUGGGCGGCAUUGUACAGGUCAUACCGGUGCAGCAUCGAAGUCCUCCACAGCAUCGACAAAGAAGUCGUCGGCUGGCCCAUUGUUGCCGUCGCCGUCAUUGGCUCCGUUGCCGUUGUUGCCCCUUUGUGGUCCACCGCCCACGUGUGCUCGCGGCGGGGGAAGGUCGUCGUCGUCGUCGUCUAUGUCCCAAGAGGGCGGCGGCAGACACAGCGACAAAUCCAGACCAAGAGCAAACUUCUGGAGCUGCACACACACACACACACGCACACGCACACGCACACGAGAGACAGACAGACGCCUGCCUGGGUGAGACACACAGGAAGUGACGGAGGGGAGGGGGGGUGGCCUGACUGACGGACCUUUUCGAAGAAUGACGUCCGUAGGAAUGCCCGAGGGUAGGGGUCUUGGCAGUAGGGGCAUGGGUCGUACCUGCCGGUGGGCGACCGGCGCCGCUGGGCCGACUCCCACUUGGGCAAACACGUCGCACACAAGGGGGCGUGCCCUGCACACACAGACAUACAUACAGGGGACACGACGGACGCACCUCGUGUGGUGUGCGGUGUGGGCGAGGUGCCGUGUGCGCCAUGGCAUGCAUGGCCACUGACUGACUGACCACAUGGGAAGACGAAGUGGUUUGAUUCGCCGUGGAACUCCUCGUAGCAAGACAUGCACGCAUCCGAACAGGGGGGCAGCACACGCGGCUGUAUUAUAUGACCACACACACACACACACACAGACAUACAAAUUGCACUGCACUGCGGGCCUCUCCUCUGUUUCCACAGUGUGGGUCAGGUCACGUCGCGCACCUUCUGGUCGCUCCACUGCACUUGCUGGGGCGUCUCGCACCCCCUCGUUGCAAUGAAUCCAACCCUACACCCAUAUAUGACACCACAACAUAACAUGUCACUCGUGUGUGUGUCUAUUGCCCUUCUCCCUUUCAUCUCUCCAUCUGUCUGUUGCUGACCCCUUCUUCCUGUCGUCUCUGAAUAUGGCAGCGAGUAUGGUUCCGUCAUCCCGCAGCUCCCUGCCCACGCCCUCCCUUGCGAAGGUCUGGUGGUUGAACUCCCCCUCAUAGUCGGGGGACGAGCUGAAGCCGCCACCCAUGGCCAGCCGGGAGUAUCUGCUCCCGGAGUGGAUGCUGUUGUCCACCCACAGUCCCUGGAUGCGCUGCUUCGAGUCCGUCAACACGCCAUGCCUGUUUGUCGAAACGAAAAAGAGAGAGAUGCACACAUCGCCCAUUGUCUGUCUGUCUGUCUGUCUGUGUGCGUCUGUCUGUGUGCGUGAGGUGAAGUGAGGUGUGUGCCGACCCGACCCGUGUCUUUGCGACUUUUUGUGUGAGCCAUAGUACUGUGAUCCGUCUGGGUAGAAGGUGGUGCCCUGGCCGUCCCAGUAGAUGUCAUCGCCGACCUUGCGGAAGCUGCCGUGAUACACCUGACCGAUGCGAUGCGACGCGACACCACCACACGUGGAUCGGAUCAGCUAUCCCUCAGUUUGGUUUGUGUGUAUCCUAUCAUGCCAUCCAUGUGUCUGGCCGACCAUUUGUCCGUUCUUGUCGUAGUCGGCACCGCUGAGUAGGUUGCCGCCCUCCCACUCCCCUACAAUGUGGCCCUCUGACCCAUUCUCUAUCAGCAGCUUGCCACGUCUGCACAUACACACGGGCCGACGCGACAAACACCAGGUCAGUUCAGUGAACGAUCAGCCUCCCAGUCAGUGCGUUGCCUGCUCUGCUCUGCUCACCCGUGUCUGAGCAUCUGCCCGUCGCCAGAGCGCACCACGGACCCCUCAUAGACUCUCCUCAGCGUGGCGCCGGCGUCUCUCUUUUGCAUCUCGGUGCCCUCGCCGCGCACAAACAGGUCGUUCUCGAAGGUGCCCUCGUAGGUGCAGCACCACCAUGACUCCCCCGCACCGCAGAAGUAGCGCAUCAUCGUGCCACGACUGCAUGCAUCCAUCCACAAGACACAUGCAUGGGUCAGUCAAAUCACUGCAUCAUUCACUAACUUUCCAAUGAUUGUUCAGCUGACUGGACUGACUGACCCCUGCUUGAUGCCCUUUGUGAAUGAGGUGUAGAAGUGGUCGCCAUUGGGAAAGACCUGCGCCCCGCUGCCGCUGAAGAGACCGUCCUUGCCGAGGAACUGCAGGUCGCCCUGCACACGGUACACCUCCUGCGGCAGCGAGUCGGGCGCCAGACGCUCCAGGACGACCUCCUUGAGCACGUCGGUGUCGAAUCGCAGCUGCAACUGGAGCCUGCCCUCGGGCCACGUGAACGUGGCUUGCCUGCAUCCAGAUAUAUCACAGACAGAAGUGAUUGAUUCACUAUUGUUGACGAGUGAGUGAGGAGGCUGAUCGAUCACAUUGCGGGAAGUGUGUAGUGUACGGCCUUACUAACCCGUGUUUCUUGCCGUCUCUGAAGGAGCCUGUGAGAGUGGUGCCGUCCGUGUGGCACUGCUCUAUGUCGUCCCUGCAAGCCACAGGACGCCAUCCAGCCAUCCAUCCAUUGAGUCUGCGUGUGUGGCCCGAAUGUCGUUUGCAUCCCUUACUUACCCGUGUGGCUGGUUGUCCUUGAAGGUGCCGAUCUGCACGAAGCCCGUCGUCCGACACUUGAGCUCGCCCCUCUCACUCCUGCGCCAGGCAGGCAGUAGAAUGCACACACACACACAAUAAGAGAUGGACAGACACAUAUAUCCCCGUAUCGCAUCUGUCAGUGUUGGCUGACAUACAUGUGUGGCUGUCCAUCCUUCCACGGCCCCGUCCACUGGUAGCCGCACUUCAUCACACCCAAACCAUGACUGCAACACAACAACACAGCAACACACACACACACACACACACACACACACAGACACAGAGAAGGAGAGGGAGAGAGAGAGAGAAAAAGAGAGAGAGAGAUACCGACAAACGACAGCCAGCCCAUCGUUCACGCGCCUGGCUGGCGGGCUGGGCUGGCUGAUGCCGGUCGCUCCCUCACCCGUUGGGCAGAUCGGUCUCGAAGCAGCCUCUAUAUAUCUCCUCCCCAUCCUUGUUGAGCAAUACGCCCUCGCUGAAACACAAUCAAAUCAAUCAACACAACUUCUUGUAAACGUCUGUGUGUCGUGCUCCCUCCCUCCCUCCCUCUCAGCCAGCCAGCCAGCCAGCCAGCCACGUACCCUUCUCGCAUGCCAUUGCGGAAGGCGCCCCGGUAGAAGGUCAUUUGGUCAAAAUCCCACAGGUCGCCCGACAGGCCGUGCGGCCGGCCAUAGCGCCAGCUCCCCACAUAGACCCGUGAGGGCCGCAGCCCGCCCAUCUGCUCCCGUCCGCCGAUGCGCCAUCCGGUGGGGUGCAGGUGGCCCACCUCCAAAGUGAUGUCGGGCAGACCCUGCGCCUCGUGAUGGCAAGGCACACACGACCCGACAGACCUGGUUGGGAUGCAGUCGAAAGGACGGGUGUGGAUGUGCAGGGCGGCCCGGUGGUCUGUCGAAAGGGCUGGUGGGGGACUGCUGCUGUUGCUGCCGUGGCUGCUGCUGUCGAUGUCCAUGCUGCAAGGCAUGGGUUCAUCGACGUCGGCAAUGGCGGUAGGCCACUCUCCGCCAACACCGUCCAUCAUCGAGCGACUCACACAAUGAAAGCAGCUGACAGAGGGCACCUGCUGGGGUCGCGAAAG